AUGUCUUCAUCAAGCAAUCAAAAAUAAAUUAAACGGAGGAACAAAAGUUACAUUCAUAUUACAAAUCCUCAAAUAACUGAAUAAUGGAGAGAGCGAAGAAAAAGUUGCACUUGUUUGUAAUGCGGAUAACUUAGCUCUCUAUAAUUCAAGUUUAUCAAUUUAUAAUCACAAAUUUUACAUUUUUCAACAAAUAAACAUAAGAAAUUUUAGAGUAUUGAAUCAACAUAUCUGGAUUCUCAAGAUACCAUUAUUGCAAAUAAUCAAAUUCAUAAAAGAAUCGCCAAACCAAUUUAAGUUAAAUAACACCAUUCUAAUAUCAAUAAUAUUAGUCUUAUAUAAACUAAUUAAACCCAUUUCUCUAAGAAAUAACGAUCAAAUAGCUGCUACUGUGAUGAAUGUGGAAAUAUUACUAAAUUUUAAUCAUAAGCAAAGUUAAUCUAUACCUAAUAAAUAAUUAAAUCCAGGCACACUAAUUUUAGAAUUAAAAGAAAUCUGGAUUAAAUGUUUAAAGGAAUCAGUCCAAUUGAAAGAAAAUAAGAAUAAGAAAUUGAAGAAGAUGAAAAUAAUCCACUCUAGCCCAAUCAAAUUACCUCAUUUAGAAGAUCAUUUGUACUAAUUAAUUAACCUAUCAAAUAAAUCUAAAAAGUCCAACAAGGAAGUGGAAGAAAGAUUUUCCUUAGAGAUGCAUGUAAGACAACAUUCUUCUCUAAGACAAAUUCAAACAGCAGAGAAUUUACAAUUAAAUCUGAGAGCAACAGCCCAAACAUUACAAAUAAAAAAUUAAAUCUUCCAAUUGUUAAAUCAUCAUAUAGCAAGAACAGAUAAGUAAAUGAAGUUCAACUUUUUAAAUUUACUCCUAAAUUAAAUAGUAUUAAUCUAAUAUCUUGA